UUUAAGCCGGUGCGGAAGUAAGUCAGAGACUUCACGGUGAGCUCAGUGGAAGGUCAGCACUUCUUCUUUCCAGGAUUUUAAAACAAAACUCUCUUUUUUAAGAACUCAAUUCUUUUUUUCUUAACCGUCUGUUUUAACCGCUCGCUGCCGCGUCUCUAUUUUAAGCCGCUUUUAGCCUCUAACGCCCCGCUCCUGCUCCUCCAUGUCUGGGUCCAAAGGCUCCGCGUGGCUGAGCGGAGCUCUGCUGAAGCCGCUGCUGGACUCCGUGGACUGUGUCCUCUUCGACUGUGACGGCGUGAUCUGGAGGGGGGACCAGGUCAUCCCCGGAGCAGCCGAUGUCAUUAAUCUGCUCAAGAAGAACGGUAAGCGGGUCUUCUUCCUGACCAACAACAGCAGCAAGACGCGGAGGAUGUACGCGGAGAAGAUGGCCACCAUGGGCGUCAGCGUGGCUCCGGAGGAAGUGUUCGGGACCGCGUACUGCUGCGCCGCGUACCUGAGCACCGUGUGUCAGCUGCAGGGGAGCAAGGUCUAUCUGCUCGGCAGCGCGGCCAUGGGGCAGGAGCUGGAGGCGGUGGGGGUCCGGCACACGGGGCUGGGACCGGACCACAUCACCGGCAGUCAGAGCGACUGGGCCAACGUGCCCCUGGACCCGGAGGUGAAGGCGGUGGUGGUGGGUUUCGACCAGCACUUCAGUUACAUGAAGCUGAACCGAGCCAUGCAGUACCUGACCCAGCAGGACUGUCUGUUUGUGGGGACCAACAGGGACACCAGGCUGCCGCUGGAGGGCGGGAAGAUUGUCCCUGGUACCGGCUGCCUCCUGCAGGCCGUGGAGACGGCGGCGCAGCGCCAGGCCCAGACGGUCGGCAAGCCCAACCACUACAUGUUCGACUGCGUGGCGUCGCAGUACGGCUUGGACCGCGCCCGCUGCCUGAUGGUGGGCGACCGCCUGGACACGGACAUCCUGCUGGGCUCCAACUGCGGCCUGAAGACCCUCCUGACCCUCACCGGGGUCAGCACGGUGGCGGACGUGGAGGCCCACGAGCAGAGUGGCUGCCCGGAGCGGCGGAAGAUGGUGCCCGACUAUUACGUGGACAGCGUCGCCGACCUGCUGCCCGCCCUGCAGGGGUGACACCGCAGCAGUGUGUCGAGAACAGAGGAGGAGCUGCUGUACAACCUGAGGAGGGUUCAUCCUACCAUUCAGUUUCUUGUUUUUUUUUGAAGUGUGGUUGUUAGCGCUACUGACAAGUUGCUGAGAACACUGAAAACAUGGUUACAAAGACAACAUUUAGAUAAAAUGUACAUCAUCAUCAUCAUCAUCAUCAGAAUACAUUUGCUGUUUUAUCUCACUGUCACGCGGCCUUUUCAACACAGAAACUUACAGUUUGUGCCGCUUUUCUCUCUCGCUGUAAACAACCCCAGAGAGAAAAUCAGCAAUCAUGGUUUUUUAGAACGCACAGGAGUUGCCGAUCCACGGCUGCCUCCAUGAGUGAGUUCAAAUGUGUUCGUUUGUGACUUCUGUUUGAAAUCCUUCAUUUGCAUUUACCUCAGUCACACACACUGACCGCACGAGGCAGUACUAGUGAAAAUGCUAUUUAAUAUAUAUAUUUAUCAGAUGCUGACCUCAUUUAACAAAAUCUACAUCUGUUUAAGUCUUUAGUGCUAAUACCUCAUUGAACCACUCUUCAAAAAAUUUAUACAACUGGAAACUCCCUUGUCUACAAGACUUGAUCUGAUUUUAUUUUGUCGUUUACUGAAUCAAUAAAACCUCCAAAUCUUA